UCCUACCAGCAGCUCAAGGACUUGAAGAAGAACAACGUUCUCCACAUAGACGUGCGGGAGCGGUGGGAGAUCGACAGAUCUGGGAAAAUCCCAGCGUCCAUUAGCAUACCGCUGGGUGAAUUAGUGGAAGCUCUACAAAUGGACCCAACGGAGUUCAAGGAGCGGUACAAUCAAAAGAUGCCAUCCAAGUCGGACCCUGUGGUUUUCUCCUGUUUGGCAGGAACAAGAAGUAAACAAGCACUUGGUUUUGCCAUGUCUUUGGGUUUCAGCAGAGUUCAGCAAUAUGCUGGUGGCUUUGAGGACUGGGUAAAACAUGAACCUCCAGAGACAAAGUGA